AUGGCCACACGCAAACGCCCCCGUGACGUGGAAGAAUAUGACAAGUACCAGGGCCUCGUCAUCUACGUUGGGAACGUUCAUUACGAUGCCAGCCCAGCCGACUUUGAACAAUUUCUUCACGAUCAUGGAGUAUCAUGCAAACUUUACUGGCCUGAAGCCGGAGAAAGAUCUCAUGGCGGCUGGUGUUGGGCUCGCUUCCAUCAUCAUGACGAUGCUAGCUAUGCGAUCAACAAUCUUAACGGCGCCAUUUUCUGCGGAAGAAAGCUAAGAACAGGACAUGUAGCCACCAACUCUAAACGUGCUCGCUUUCAAGAUGGGCCUUCGUCCUUCCAGGACCGCCCUGAAAUCUACGAUAAUCCAUUUCGACAAGAGAAUCCAUUUUCGUUCCCUAAAAAGUUCCAGACCUUUAACCCUCACACUUUUUUUCAAGAUUACGAGCAGAUGAAAUACCCAGGCCACUCGUCACAUUACUUUCACCGGCCUGCUGAGCAUCCUGGCUUUUACCCCUCGACAAACAGCCGACGACCAGCGCCCCCCUUUAGACAGAGUGCCAACUACGGGGUUCAGUACCCAGAAUGCUACCCGCCAAAGAAGAUGGAGCAUCUGGAUCACCGUCACAUCCCAAAACUGCAGGAUGUUUGGGACGCAGAUAAACCCUUCCUUAGCACUGCGAACAUCUUCGCCAAAGGGAUCAAGAUAUCGGGACUGGCAAUCACGGUCAACCACGGACAGACCCCCGCAGAUGGGGCAGUAGCUCUUUCCAGGCCUGAGGAACAGGAGUCGCAGGAUGGAAGUAUGGACAUAGAAAUGACCGAACCGCGUCCCCAGCUAUAUUGGCAACCGGGCCGAGUCCUUGGACCGGACCCCCAAGAGAGAGCUUACAUCUCUCACUCCGAAAAUUUUGUCAGACCGUCAGAUAUGAGUACUAGUGUUCUCUCGGCAACGUGCCGGAGUCACAUCGUUUCAUACAAGCGCCCUCCAGGAGUUGGACUUGGUUGGGGCGACUUUGAUCGCUUCUAUGAAUGGCAGUUACUCGGCCGUAAGGUUCAAAAGUCGAUGGUGCGAGCUCAGAGGUUUCAGCAAUCCAAUUCUCCCCACAUGACCUUCAUUUCCGAGUUGACUGGCUGCCUUCAUAUUAUACGAACAGAUUCGACCAAGAUUGAAUCUCGAAGGAAACUCAAGAGACCCAACUUGUGGCAGAAGCUCAAAAAUGGCAAGAACUAA